CUUUCUUAUUAGAAGCCUCACUUCGCCAACGCGCAAAAUUCCCGGGCCUUUUCUGGCACGACUCACUCGACUAUGGUAUUUCAGGCGUGUGGCCCUCGGCGGCUUCGAACAAGAGAAUAUCCAACUUCACCGAAAAUACGGCCCGGUGGUGCGUCUCGCCCCAAACAUGUACAGCAUCGACAUACCAGAAGCGGUAAACACAGUAUAUGGCAUCGGCUCGAAACUACCAAAAUCAGAAUGGUAUGACGGAUGGAAACAUCCAAGUCCAGAUGCGUGGACCAUGUUCCCAGAUAAAGAUAUUAAACGGCAUGCCCAGACAAGAAGGGUAUUUCAAGGCCUGUACAGCAUGUCCAGUCUUGUCAGCUACGAGAAAUACGUGGACGAAUGUGCAGAUGUCCUAGUAAACCGCCUAUCCAUAUACUCGAAAAGCCGUGAGUCCAUUAACAUGGGCCACUGGUUCCAGUGUUAUGCAUUCGACGUUAUCGGGAAUAUUACAUUCUCCAAACCGUUCGGUUUUCUCGAUCGUGGAGAAGACGUCUCUGGUCUGCUACAGGCUCUGCAUAAAGUCAUGGCUUACUCUACUCUUAUUGGCAUUUUCGCUUCCCUUCAUCCCUACGUAUUUGCUGUCACCAAUUUCUUCGGCAUUGGAGGGGCUGCUGGACGUAUGUACCUCGCCGGAUAUGUGAAAGAGCGAAUCCGCCAAAGAAAGGCUGAAAAAGAAAUAAGCGAAGAAAAGGCAAUAUCGCAUGCGGACGGGUCUCCCGAGGAUUUCCUGGAAAAAAUCAUGAUUAAAAAUAAAGAUGCCCCAUCCAAGGUAACCGACUAUCAUGUUUUUAUGAUGAGCAUGUCCAACAUUAUUGCCGGCUCCGACACCACUGCCAUCAGCCUAUCGGCCAUUUUGUACUAUCUUCUCAAAUAUCCAGAAGUCAUGAGAAAACUCAGAGAAGAGGUUGACCAAUCUACCUCCGCCGGUGACCAUUUGAGCUUCAAAGAGAGUCUUGAAAUGCCAUAUUGGCAAGCAGUCAUGAAGGAAGCAUUACGUCUCCAUCCCGCCACUGGACUUCCUCUUUGGAGAACUGUCACUGAGGGUGGACUGGAGCUGAAUGGACAAUUCUUUCCAGAAGGAACAACUAUUGGCCUGAAUACAUGGACCGCACACUACAACGAAGACGUAUUUGGCAGAGAUGCCGCAGCAUUCCGACCAGAAAGGUGGCUGGAAGCUGAAAAAGAAGGAGGUGAAAGGAUAGGACAGAUGAACGCAUACUACUUGCCGUUUGGCUUGGGAUCCCGGACUUGCAUCGGUCGACACAUUUCCUAUCUGGAAAUGUCAAAGCUUAUUCCACUGCUUAUCAAAAACUUUGACUUUGAGCUACAGGAUAGGCAAAGGGAUUGGAAAACAACAAACUACUGGUUUGUCAAGCCGAACAACUUUGAUGUAACCGUCAAAGCAAGGACAGCCGUAUAAGAAUAGCUAAACAGGGAGAGGAGUGUGUUUCUUAC